AUGCACUCAGAGUCCAUUUUGUGUUAGUCAUGGCCUGAGUAGGCACACAGGACUCUAGUGGAACCUAGACUGAGUAGGUCUAGUCAGGGAAGACUACUUGCCUUAAGAGGUCACUCUGCUGUGGUAUAUGUUCUUUUCCCUGCGGGGAUUAAUACUGACCAAAGGUGCUAGUCCAAGAAGAACUGGAAUUAAAUGUUUUACAAACAUGGACUUUUUUCAAAGGGUGCCCCCUUUCUUGAUCCAGUUGCAGAAUAUUUUGCGGAAGUAUCCAGAUGGUGGACAGAUCUUAAAAGAGCUGAUACAGAAUGCAGAUGAUGCUAAAGCCAGUGAAGUGAUCUUUGUUUAUGAUGAAAGACAAUAUGGUACUGAAACCAUUUACUCAAAGGAGCUCUGCAGUAUCCAAGGUCCUGCUCUGUUGGUAUACAAUAAUGAGAUGUUCACCGAGAGGGACUGGGAGGGCAUACAAAAGCCAGGAAACAGCAUCAAGCGCAAAGAUCCGGAUACAGUUGGGCGAUUUGGUCUAGGGUUCAACUCUGUCUACCAUAUUACAGACUAUCCAUGCAUCUUUAGUGGAAAAUAUAUUGGAAUCUUGGACCCACAAGAAGAGGUUUUCAAUAGAGGAGGACUUCUCUGGAGCCUUGAAGGAAGCAGGAAAUGGUUAGAUGAAUUGGCUGACCAAUUUCAUCCGUUUCAGAGCAGUUUAGACGUUAUUGGCUGUGGAUCUUGGAAUGAAGUCCUUAGCAAUGGCUGUUUCAAAGGCACAUUAUUUCGUUUCCCACUUAGAGCGAGGCCCUCUGAAAUCUCUGACAAUAUCUACAGCUCAGAGAAGAUGCAGGAACUCUAUGAGUCCUUCAUUAAAGAUGCAAACAUCAGCCUGCUUUUCCUCCGCCAUGUUAACACCGUGUCACUAAAGAAAAUUGGCAAUGACGGUAAGGUGUGUGAUCUUCUAACAGUCAGCGUUUCUACAGAAAGAAUAACGGAAAUGCAUUUAGAAGAGAGAGCCACACAGACAUAUUACAAGGGGACUUCUCUAAAGGUUUUUGGGAAAGACAAAGAGGAAUACAAAUGGCUGCUCAUAGCCAGCUCAGUACAUGGAAAGCUCUUCUCAGACCUUAUUGAACUUGGUAAUAAGUUGUGCAACAAACCUGCCCUUGACUUGGCUUAUCCAUUAAGCAAGCAGGGCAUUGACCUGUUUGCGGGUCGGCUGAGUUGUGUUCUACCGCUUCCCGACAAAGAGGAAAACCGAACAGGUCUGCCUGUUAUCAUCAAUGGAUGCUUUGAGCUCACGGAUGAUCGAAGAAGCAUGAAAUGGCUUGAGGUUGACCGGCAGCAUGAUGAAGCAGCCAAAUGGAACCAUAUUUUGGUGGAAAGGUUGCUCCCCUUAGUUUAUACAUGUGCUGUUAAGGACACUGUAUCACUUGUAAAUGCAUCAAAGAUUACAAUAGAAGCAGCAUAUGCCAUUUGGCCAGACCCAGCCAAAACUGAACAUAAAGCAAGAUGGUAUACCCUAACCAAACAGGUGGCCAGUUGUCUCAUGAGGGAAAAAGUACUGCAGACUGCUGGCAAAUGCAACUGGAUAUCAGCACCCGAAGCUGUAUUUCUAUUUUGUGAUGAUGAAGAACUCUAUAACUGUUUAGAGGAACUUCUCUUACUGCUGAAUCAGCCCCUUGUUAAAGUUCCAGAGCAAGUGCAUAAAACACUCACGUUAGCUGAAAAGCGAAAUAAUAUUUCUCCAGCUUCUAUACGGACGCUCUUGCGGAAUGGAGACUGGAGAAGCUUUCCGCGCGAAAAAAACCUACUUCUUCUCGGAUACAUUAUCAGCGAUGGAGAUUAUAAUGACCUACUGAACAUACAGUUGCUGCCAUUAUCCGAUGGGACAUUCAUUAGCUUUCAGAACACAGAUGGUUAUGGCAUGGCUUACAUUGACAGUAAAGACUUUCCCAGGAUUUUAUUACCGGGAUACUCACAGAGAUUUUUACCCAAUGAUAUUCCAGAGGAUCUGCUUUCCCAGCUCCAAAUCAUCGGAAAGAGAAAAAUUUUCAAGAACCUUGUGUGCUUAGACAUUGAUGUCAUAAAAAGAAACCUGACUGCAUCCCUUCCAAAAACGUGGAACAGUUGUGACAACCAAGUCAUCUGGUGUCCUGGAGACCCAAGUAACCCACCAGUUGAAUGGCUUAGUGUAUUCUGGGAAUUUCUAGAACAUAAUAAAUGUUUGAGCACCUUUGAAAACCAACCACUGGUGCCAUUAAAUCAUAUUUCCAGCGGCACCAGUGUUCGUCUCGCUCGACUGCAGAAAAAUACUGCUUUACUGUAUUGGAGCAAAGAAAGGCACAUCUUGAAUGACUGUAUUGCUAACGUGCUUGAGCAAAUUGGCUGCACCAUUAUACAAAAGACAAGCUCGUGGUUGUGCCAUACAAAACUUUCAGAGUACAUCUUGGAGCCCACUCCAAAUAACAUCCUUACAAUAUUUUCCUAUUUGAAACAAAUUACUCAAACCCUGGCUAGCAUGCCUGAAAAAAACCUACAGAUGUUGGCAAACUUCCUUUCGCAAGCCUGCCCCCUCAGUGAGCUUGAAAUGAAUGUUAUUUGCCAACUGCCUAUCUUUUGCAGUGUGAAAACAUUAGAUAACUCCAACUCUGCACUGGUACCUGCUCUUAACUUAUGUGCACUGGAAAAUACCACUUUCCCUGAGGUCCCAGGAAACUUGGUGUUUCCAAAAGCACUUAUCAAAUGCAGAGAUGAAGAGGACCGGAGGCUUCUUUGCCUGAUGAAUAUACCUUUUCUACAUGCUAAAGAUGCAGCUUUACUUUUAGUGAAGGCCAUUCAUCAGGGAUUAUAUGCAUCUUCUCCGCCACAUGUGCAGAAUAUAAUGCUGUGGAUUUUGAGCAAUGGCGAUACACUGUUCACCCAGAGUAACGACCUGAUAGAACUGUGCAAAAGUCUUUCCUUCAUCCCUUUCAACGGUGAAUGCAUCAAGCCCUCUGUUCUUUAUGACCCUACAGUAAACGUUUUUAAAGAACUCUUUGGACCAGAGAAAUUCCCACCUACUGCUUACAAUGAAACAGUGGUCUUGAAGUCAUUAAGGACCUUGGGUUUAAAGGAUUCCAUAAACAGAAUCUCAGUGGAUGACGUUCUACAAAUCUCAACUAAAAUAACUGAAGGAGAUUAUCAGGCUUCAUUACAGAAGGCCAAAGCUCUUAUUAAAGUCUGCAAUGAGACUGGUGUUUUAUCACAGUGUAAUGAAAGUGAUUUGGACAUACUACGCAGCCUUCCUUGGGUUCCUGUUGAAUCAGUGACUUUGAUGAUUGAGCCAGGGAAGCUUAAAAGUCUGAAGUACAGAAACUUUGUGGAAUAUUCAAUGUACUUAACAAAUUACUUUAACAAAUCUUCAAGUGAGAUACUUGGCUUAAACAAACCACCAGCUCCUAAAAAAGUAGUUGAAAAUCUUCAGAUUCUUAGCAGAAGAUUCCAAAAGAUAGAUCCCUCCUCCUUCCACAUGAAACUGCACAAUAUUUACAAUUACUUGCAGGAAAACUGUACGUCUAUACAGAACGUGCUCAUUUGGAAUGGAGAUGACUUUUCCAAUGUAGGUGACAUUGUUUUGUUCUACCCUGAAAGUUUGGAAUUAAGUCCCUAUGUGAAAAAAGUGCCUGGAGAGUUUCUAAUCUACAAAGACCUCUUCAUCAAAUGUGGUGUCUGUGAGAAACUGUCAGAGAAUGAAGUGACUAGCAUACUUUAUACACUGAAGAAAAGCCUAGGCACGGAGCAUAAGUCUAACUGUUUGAAGGAAAUGAGGCUGGCAAUAUCCAUCUUGGACUGGAUGAAAGCAAAAUCUGUUCAAGGGAAUGAUGACCUUCCUAUUCCAGUAGAGGAUGGCAGAAAUAACUUUAGCCUUCAGCCACUGUGCACUACUGUGUUUUGUGAUAUGGAUAAGCAGCAUUUAAAUGACAUUCUUACUAACAGCACAGACUAUUACAUUGUUCAUGAAGAUGUCUCCUCCACAACUGCUAGGUUUUUAAAUAUUCCACUUUUAAGCACUAAGGUACUGAACCCAGAGAUUUUUGAGCCCUGGGGACCCUCAGAACCCAUCACACUCAGAAUUAAAAACAUUCUAAGAGAAUAUAGCGAACAGGCGGAGCUUUUUAAAGAACUCAUACAGAAUGCAGAAGAUGCAGAGGCUACUGUAUGCCAAUUUUUAGUUGAUAGGAGGCAGAAUUCUGGAUCACACCAAAGUCUGAUAGAUCCUGACAUGGCCAACUGCCAUGGACCAGCUCUUUGGUCUUACAAUGACCGCAAGUUCACAGACAAUGAUUUCCGUAAUAUCACGCGUAUUGGAGCUUCCACAAAGGAAACUGAAAUGAAGAAAAUUGGGAAAUUUGGGUUGGGUUUUAAUACAGUGUAUCACAUCACAGAUGUACCAACAAUAAUGAGUGGAUCAAAUGUUCUUAUAUUUGACCCCAAUGUCAACCACAUUAAGAAACACAUUUUAAAUUCCGCAAACCCUGGAAUCAAGCUGAACCUCCGAAUGCAACCUGACAUUCUUCAUGUAUUUUCUGAUCAAUUCCAGCCAUUUUCAAAUGUGUUUGGCUGUGAUCUUAACAAGCCAUUUUCCUAUGAUGGGACUCUAAUCCGUCUGCCUUUCAGGACAGAGAAAGAAGCCAAAGACUCCCAAAUAUGCCAACAGCCCUUUACUGAAGAACAGAUAAAUGGCAUCAUUCACAGUUUUGAAGAAGCAGCCAGUACUCUUCUCAUUUUCUUAAAGAACAUACACAAGGUUGGUUUAAACUGUCUUGAAGAAGAUCUCUGCCCUCAGGCUGAUAAAUCAAUGGUGAUGGUUCAAAGAGACAAAGUGCAAACUUUGGAUAUGCCUGACAAAACGAUUCUACAAGAACAAAUAAAUGCUUUAAACAUACUCAGAAUGAACAUGAACAUCUUAGAUUUUACUGGGUCAGAUAUAAUAAAAAUGACGGUGACUGAUACCAAGACAGCCGAGGAAACGUAUUACCUUGUUCAGUCCAGUUUAGGAAUAAAAGAGUCACUUCAGAUGUUCAGUCAGAAUAAGAGAUUUAAUACUUACCUUCCUGUUGCUGGUGUUGCUCUUCCUUUAAGGAAACAUUACGAUACUGAAAAAUUGGCCCCUAAUCUAAGAGACUUCAGUGGAAAGGUUUUCUGUUUUUUACCCCUUCCCGUCUCUUCAGGAUUACCUUUUCAUCUUAACGGAACCUUUGCAGUUAUGUCCAAUAGAAAGAACCUGUGGGAUACAACAGAAAAGGGAGAAUGGAAUAGGAAAUUACUUGGUGAUGCUGCUGUAGUUGCACUGAUACAAGCCUUGACUCAGUUACAGAAAAUGAGCAACAAUGGCGACAUACAGGAUUAUUACUAUUACACAUUUUGGCCUGACAUCACAAAAUCGAAGACCCAGUUCACUGAAGUGGCAAAAGCUUUCUACCAAGCCAUAGCUUUUGGAUUAGCAGAUUUUCUUCCUGAGCUCUUUAGCAAUGGCCAAGAAUCAUGCUCUAUAAAAUAUGCCUGCUUUCUCCAAUUAGACAAUAUCCAAGAUGAGCAAAUGCACAAGUUGGCCAACACAGUCUUUUAUUCAGUUCUUAAAAAACCAUACAUGGCAAUUCCCCUUCCAGAAAUGAUCAAAAAUAGUUUCAUUGCCAGUGAUUGUUCUAGUGAACUUCUGCCAAAUACAUUUGACUGUGAAAGGUUUUACAGGGAGAUUGUGUUUGCAAAUCUUGCCUUAUUAGAUGCACAAGACAGAAAUGCUCUCAUCAUUUAUGCCAUUGAUUUGGACGACAAGCAAUUGGAUAACCUGUUAAUGUCUCAGCCUUGCAUUCCUUCAUCUAAUGGAAAGCUACAGCUUAUUGGGAAACUAGUGCACCCAGAGGGGAAAGUAUCAUUAUUGUAUGAUGAAGAGGAGGGGUGUUUCCCCCAAGGUGUUGAAUUUCUGACAAGUCGCAGACUAGAACGAUUGAAAGCACUAGGGAUGAGGAAAGAUUCACUUCCAAUGGAUGAACUAAUGGAGAGAGCACAUCAAAUAAAUAGUGUUUGGAAGAAGGAUAUAAAAAAGGGGUUACAACAAAUCUGUUGUGUGCUGGAGCUACUGGAAGAUCUACUUUACCUGUCCCCAGGUAAUGAGUAUGAAACAGAUUUUAGAAACAUUGUGUUUUUACCUUCAGUGUCCCCCCAAAGUCAGUAUGAAGGUAUAAAUGACCUUCUUUUGAUGAACUCUCGGGAUCUUUACCACUAUAAACAUAAGGCUCUUGUUUGCCUGAUUAAGCCAGUAUUAAGCGAAGAGCAUGUUGCAAAACAAAUAGAAUUUUCUGUUAGAAUGUUAACUUUCUUGGGCUUGGAUCGGAUCCCUACUUCUGAGAUGAUUAUAAUGCAGUUGCAGGAAGCUUGUAAAAUGCAUUCUGUGCUAAGAACGGAAGAUGUUUCUCAGAUAGCAAAAAACUGCUAUACAUUUUUAAACAAACUGGUGCAAAAGGAACCAAAUCAAUUACAACUUCUGAAAGAACUUACAGACUCCAACAGUCCUUUUGUAUAUGUUGGUAAGGGGUUUGUACCAAUAAAUUGUGUUGCACAUAAGAUGCCAUUUGAUGUGUCACCUUACCUGUAUCAGCUGCCAAAGGAGUAUCAAGAAUAUCCUCAGUUGUGGAAAUACAUUGAGCUCAGUGAGGAAUUUUCCAUUUGCCACUAUGUGGCUGUUCUAAAGCAAAUGCAUGAAAAGAAUAAAGAAAGCCCUCUCCCAGAGGAUGAGCUAGAGGUUGCAUUAAGUUUAAUCGAAUAUAGUUCAAAAAAAAUACUUAAUAAGGAUGACCAUCAAAUACUUGUACCAGACACACAGGGCACUUUACUACAUGCUGAUCAGUUAUUCUACAAUGAUUCUCCCUCAAUACCCUUUGACGAAGGUCUGCGUUUUUGCCAUGGCAGGAUUUCAUGGGAUGUUGCUAUAAAACUGGGGAUCAAAACAAAGACUCACCAUACACUAGAAAGAUUAGCUGUUUCUAAUGCUUUCAGCUGGAUUUCUGACUUUGGAGUGAAGGAAGAGCUUGCUACACGCAUCAAGAACAUAAUAAGGGAGUAUUCCUCUAAAAACGAUGUUUUAAAGGAACUGAUUCAGAAUGCAGAUGAUUCAGAGGCUACUGAAAUCAGCUUUGUCUUGGACAGUAGAAAACACCAAACAGCAAGUACAUUUGGGCCGCAGUGGAAUCUUCUUCAGGGUCCUGCUCUUUGUAUUUACAAUAACAAGAAAUUUACAGAAAACGAUAUAGAAGGCAUUCAACAGUUAGGCAAAGGUGGCAAAGCAGACUGUUUAGACAAAACUGGGAAAUUUGGCACUGGAUUUAAUACAGUGUACCAUAUAACAGAUUGCCCUUCUUUUAUUACUGGGGACAGUAUGAUGUGCAUCUUUGAUCCUAAUCUAACUUUUUUGCCAACAUCAAAUUCUAACAGGCCAGGUGGAAAGAUUAAUGUGAACAAUGAAUUCAAGGGUAGAUUUGAAGACGUUUAUAAUACAUUUCUUCCAUCUUGGUUUGAUCUACAAGAGGGUACACUUUUUCGCUUGCCUCUGAGGAUAGCAGAAACAGCAACAAACUCAAAGAUAUGUGACCAGACUGUGUCCUGUGAUGAUAUUCGGCUCAUUUUCCAGGAGUUGGAAAGUGAAGCCGACAGCAUGACUUUGUUCUUAAACAGCAUCAGCAAAAUAACAUUUUCAGAAAUUUCACACAAAGAUGAGCUUCAUGAAAUCCUAAGAAUUGAAACCAACAUUGAGGGACUUCAGAACAAUUGCUGCGAUUUUAAGGAAAAACUCAAUCAGUUAGCAGAGAAUGACAGAACUAUGUCUGAGGCUGUGCCAUUCAGAAGGUUUUACAGAUUGCAAAUAACCAGCAGCUCCAAAAAAACGCAGCGUUGGCUUUUAGCUAAACAGAUUGGGUUUGAAGGGAAUGACUGUGUGGCUACUCUACAGAAGAUUUCUGAUGGUUUACAACAAACCCUUAUUCCACACGGGGCUGUGGCUGCUUGCAAAAAUGAUUUUCAAAAUUUAAAUACAUGCAAGGCUUUCUGUACUUUGCCUCUACCAGUUGAAACUGGACUACCUGUACAUAUCAAUGCUAAUUUUAUUGUGGAUUCAUCACGUAGGGGAAUAUGCAAUGAGGAUGGCGAAAGUCAAAAGACUCAAUGGAACCGUUUUCUGCUCAUUAAUGUUAUUGCUCCACUAUACUGCAGCCUUCUUGAUUUAAUACACAAGGAAUUCAUUAGAGAUAAAGAAGAUACCAUUGUUUUCAAAAGCUGGAAAUCCUGUAAAUUAUUUCUAGACAAGUUUUUAUAUUUCUUUCCGAGCAUUACACAGUCGGUCCCACCCCAGUGGCAUGAAAUGGUCAAUCAGGUCUAUAGGACAAUCUCUGAAAAGCAUUGCAGAUAUAUUCCAGUUUAUAAGACGCAGUCAAAAAGAGAUCGAGGGCUUGCACAGGUGGAGUGGUCAGUAAUUGGCCAAAGUUCUAUCUUGGAAGAGCCAUACUUUCUUUUUGAGGAAGAAUAUGAAAAGAUUGGAAUUGUCCUGCAUAAUAUCGGCAUGAAAGUUGCUUUUGGUGGAUGUUCACAUUCAUUGUAUAAACAGUUAAAAGCUGCUGGAGUUAAAGUCAUGAAAUUGCACCCUAAAUCACUAUGCAAUUUUCUAAAGAGCGUUACAUCGCAAUGGCAAGGAAAACUACCACUGCCCAUUUCAGACACAGUUCUCAAGGAAGAGAAGAAUUGCAAAGUACUGUUACAGUACUGCUUGGAUAAACCGAAAACAGAAAAGGUAGUAGAUCUACAAGAUGUUCCUUUACUGUUGACUGAAGAUGACAUGCUCCGAUAUUUUAACAGAGAUGAUAUUAAAUAUUACUCACAAUUCCACAAUCUCUUUCCGAGCUUUUGUGAAGAGUUUGCAAAAUCUCAAGGGCUUUGUCACCAUGAGUUGUUGGUGAAAUGUGGCUUCUUGCGUGACUUAACCAUAAAAGAUGCAUUUCUUUUGCUGAAAAAACAUCCAGGGCUUCCAUGCCAGUUAGCACCUGAGAGAAGGGAGACGCACCCUAAGCUUCUGAAAGAAAACACAGAGUGGUUUCAAAAACUGUGGCAAUUCUUCAGCCAUGAAACAAACCCAGAAAAUGAAACAUGCCAGGAGAUUAUAACAUUGUUUAGUGACUGGGCAAUACUUCCAGUAUAUUAUAAAAAGCAUCCCACUGAAUCCAUUCUCCUGCCACUCAGCAAGCUCAAGUAUACUUUAGUUGAUAAUACGAGUGAAGUAGCAACAAUCCUUUAUACGUUAGGAUUCCCGAAGCUAAACCUCUUCGCCUUUGGAACAACGACUUCCAUUAUUAAACCUUACAUAAUGGACAUAAAAGAUUGUUUCUCGGUGUUGGAACAGCUUUGCUCUGAAAAGGAUCUUCACUGGGAAGAACUUGAAUCGUUCGAAAUAGAUUCUCUACUUCGGUUUUUCCUAAGAGGUUUAAACAAUUCUGCUAGAAAAUACUUUAUAGACAGACUCCAGACAUUACCACUUUUUGAGACUCAUCAAGGCAAAAGACAGAGUUUAAAUAGGUAUACAAAUAUAUAUAUUCUUGACUCCACAAUUCACUUCCAGUCAAAAAGGCUCUAUGAACUGGAUUCACACACUGUUUUUCUCAAAAACACGUCGCUUAAUGAAGAAUUAGCAAAGCACACACACAUGUCUCUGAUGAAGGAAGUCACAUUUCUUGCUGAAUAUCUGCUUUUCCAUUUUGAAUUGCUGAAUGAAGAUGAAUUUGUGGAAGUGCUUCUGCUGAUUAUGGAGAUAAAACACUUAGUAGACUUUGAACAUGUAAAAGAUGUUGUUUUUGCUGCUCUUAGACCACUGAAGUUAAUCAGAGACCAAAAAGGAAAACUUCAAAAAGCAUCUUAUUUUUUUGACCAUGAGGUAAAAUUAUUUGAUACUUUGGAGCUUCAUUCAAUGUUCAUUCCAGAGUUACUAAUCAACAAAUUUAACAAAUAUAAAAUUGCUUUUCAUGAACUAUUACUGGACAUGGGGUUAAAAAACAAACUUUCAGAAGAUGAGUUUAUUGAGUUUGCCAAAAAUGUUGAAAAAGAUGCUGAAGGUUCCUUGUCUUUAGAACCUCUGAUUCCUAAGAGUGAUGGGUUGAUCAAAUAUUUGGUGUCCAUGGAUAUAAACACAAUGACCAACAGAUUCAGAGCUAAUGUGGGGAGCAUUCAUUUCUUGAUCCCUUCAAAAGUUCAGGAUGAUUUAAAAUGUCUGCAUUCUUCUUAUACUAAAGAAACCAAAAUGAUUGCUCUGAAAGUUUCUCUUCUAGAGAAAAACGAGGAAUAUAAAUCAUUAGUUUGGACAUCAAUGGCCCUUAUAAAAACUAUCUCAGGCCUCGAACAAAAUGGUCUAUUUAUUUUGGAGAAAUGUGGAGUUUUUCACAGCCCACCUGCAGAUCUAGUUGUGGAAAAUGUAAAAAAUGUCUGUAGGGUUACAUGUGAGACCAAAGCUCAGUUAGACACACGGCAGCAAGUCCUAGAGAGUAAUUACAAUUUCCUUCAACAAAGUAAAUUGACUAAUCGUGAUGUUCGUUUGUUAUCUGAUAUUCCGUUUAUUUUAGUGGAAGAUGAUAAUGUAGCAAAGCCAGGAAAAGUUGUUUUUAGUCUCUCCAAUAAAAAGCAUUUCCAACCAUAUCUUUACAAGUUACCACCAUUCCUUACAUGCUAUAGUAAGUUAUUUCAGAAAGUUGGAGUAGCUGCUGAGGCUACCGUUAACCACUUGGUUGAAGUUCUUUCCACAAUUUAUGAAGAGACUGCUGGGAAAGAAACCUUGCAUGGCAAUCUCAAAAAGACUGUCUCUGUAGUCACAGAACAUGUUUUUAAACAUUUGGAACAAAAUAAAAUGGGCCUUGAAAAUGUUAAACUGCUUUAUCUUCCAGGUAGUGAUGGAAAACUUCAUGAAUCUUCUACGCUUGUUUUUGACGACUGCUUUUUGCCAUUGGUAAUGGAAAGUCAUGUUCUUACAUUUUUUGAUUUUCAACAUUUAAAAACUGUGUAUCCACCACCAGACAUCUGCAAAAGCAAAGAACUGAUUAAACUUUUACCUCCACACCUGCGUCCACAAAUGGUUUCACAAAUUACAAAGGAAGUUGUUUCUGUUGGUGCCAAUGAAUUUUGUGGCGAAGGAGAAGAUUGCAAAAUUCGUUCUGGUUUAGAACAGCUUCUGUUUUCUCCAAUAUUUCAGGAGGGUCUAGUUUGUCUUUUGAGACAUGAAAACAAUGGAAACCUUUGUGAGGAGGAAACUAUGCAAAAAUGCAAUGCUGUAUUUGGAAAAAUAGAAAUUAUAUGCUGUCUUGAGUUAAAAACGAUCUAUCUCUUUAAAAACAACCAAUUGGAUGGAACCUGUAUCGAAAGAGAUUGGUUUAUCAUCAGAGGCAAUGAAGACCAGUAUAAAAUUUACUUAAAACAUGCUGACUUAAUGCAUAGAAAAACCUGGUUUCAAAUGGUAAAUACUCUUGCAGAUGCAAUAAAUGAUCUAAUGGACAACAAACUUCCAUCUAUGUCAUUAAAAAUCCUUAUGGAAAUGCUACUUUGUGAAAGUCCUGAGGAGGUUAUUGAUGUCCUUAAGGAGAAGAACAUAAAAUGGAGUAAAACUAAAAAGAGUCAGUAUGCAUAUAAUUUGCCCAAGCCAGGAGAACCAAUUCCUACUGAAUGGCAUGAUGCUUUGGACAUGAGCAUUUUGCAUAGGUUCAAAGUGGGUGAUUACGUAGGGUACCUGGAUCCUUCUGAAAAAGAACUAUAUAUUUAUGCUGUUAUAGUUGAGGAACUGGAGUGCCACAUGUUUACAGACUGUGAAAUUCAGAUGUACCGUAUCAGAAUUGGCCAUAAUAAAACUGCUGAUUCCAGUGUACUUGAUUUGUAUCAGUUCAAGAGAACCAUUAGUCAAAAGAGCAAAGAGUUGGUACUGGUGGAGAAUGAUGAUCAGCAAGAAGAAAUAUGCGAAAAAUGGUAUGAAAGUGCAAUAGAAGAUAUCAAAAAAGAAAUUGACACAUAUCUGGGUAAAAUAUGGUCUCUACCACUAGAAGAACGGGAAAAGGCCAUCAGAAGACUCUAUCUCAAAUAUCAUCCUGACAAGAACAUUGGGCAAAAGCGCAUUGCAACAGAGAUCUCCAAAUACUUGCAGCAGAAAGUCAAAGAUCUGGAAGCUCGUCAGAAUUCUAGCAGUCAAUCUUUUUCCACUAAUCGUUCAAAUCCCUCCAGGGGCUUUUCUAACUGUUGGCGCCCAUGGGAUAGUGAAGCAUCCAACCACCGAAGACAUCAUGAUCAUUUUAAUAAAAGGACCAACUGUAACUAUAAUUUCUGGUCCUACCACCAAAGUGACACACGGCCGAAUCCUGCAGAAGCUGAAAGGUGGGUCAGGCAAGCAAAGUGUGACAUGAAAGCUGCUGAGCAUUCUGUUGGUCAUCAUCAAUCAGAAUGGGUAUUCUAUAAAGUUCACCAGGCUGUAAAAAAAGCUUUAUUAGCAGUUCACUACUUUAAGAAAGGACAAUGCAACAAAAAAUAUUCUAUAAGUUCUUUAGUGCACCAAGUUUCAACAUAUAGCCUCAGUCUCAGCGCCAUCAAUGAACAGGUAUUACAGAUGGUACAACUUGGAGUAAAUAAACAUAGGACACAGUAUCCUCAUUUCCACAGUCCACCGGGCAUUCCCAAUGACUGCAUUCCCUGCGACAAAGAAGCGGAGGUCAUUGAUUUGGCGAAGAAUGUACUCCAAACUAUAGAGGAUUAUGUGUAUCAAUCUGAACCAGAUUCCAAAUAAACCGCUGUUUAUCUUUACAGCUCUUUGUGAACUACUGAAUGUAAAUAGUUUCAAUUAAGUUCCAAGGAUAAGUAAACUCAAUUUGCUAGGAUGUAUGGCUGCUAUUCCAAUAACCACGGUGUCAUCCUAUGCAGAAUAUUAAAACCCAAGAUUUGUGCCAGCUCAACUAAUGGGUCCUCUGUUUUGGCCUGCCUCCUCCAGUUCUAAGAAAACUGCCUGUUUGCCUAGAGUGUUACCUUGACAAAAAGUUCUCAAUUGGAUUGUUGCCUGUUUGUUAGAAUAAAGACAUUUGGGGAUGCGAUAACUGCUAAGUUAUCCAUAGCAAACAAUCGCAUAGCAUUCUAAUAUCUUAUUAUUGCCUCUCAAUAGGAUUCUCUGUCCAGGAACUGACCUAUGCUUUAUUGUGUGUGUGUGUGUGUGUGUGUGUGUGUAUAUAUAUAUCAGAAAUAAUAUUGUACACAAUUGUGUUGUGUAUUUGAACACGUAGUUGUGUUGUGCAUUUGAACUUGUAGUUUUGUUGUGCAGUUGAACACAACCAAUCAUAUAUAUUUUUUUUUUAACUUGUAGUAGCUUUGUAAAAAAACUAUUUCUGAUUGGAUGAGACUGUCAAUGGCAAAGUAAUGCCUAUAUUAGUAAAUCCGGUUGCAAUUGUAGUUGCUAAACACAGUGUCCACCCAGCAUCUUAUUCUUGAUUAUUACAGUAUCAUUAUUAGGGAUGCACGGAAUCCACUAUUUUGGAUUCGGCUGAACCCCGGAAUGCUUUGCAAAAUAUUUGGCCGAAUAACGAACCUGGACCCUAAUUUGCAUAUGCAAAUCGGUGAGGGGGGGUAAAAGAGCCACGGCAAAAUAUGUUCUUACACUUGUUUUGUGAUGAAAAGUCACAUGAUUUUAAGGAUUCGGUUGGGCCAGGCACAAGGAUUCGGCCAAAUCCUGCUGAUAUAGGUGAAUACCGAACCGAAUCCUGGAUUCGGUGCAUCCCUAAUCAUUAUAUGAUUGUAUUAGACAGAACUAGCCAAUGUUUUGACCAUGUAACCAUAAUCAAUAAACCAAUUUUACAGA